AUGAGACUGUUGUUUAGCUCGACGUUAUUCCUCGUGGUAUUUGCUGGCUUGGUACGAGGACAAGAAGGGGCUCAACCUAGUGGAGGGAUCAAAUUCUCUACUCCUGAUUUAACCGAUGAAGAUUAUCAUUCGCCUACUGUGCCAUUGCAGUAUCGUUGUGCUGUGUGCCAAGCGGUCGCUUACCAGCUAGAGAAAGCUUUAGAAAAAGAACAAAUUAAGCUUAUUGGCAGAAAAAGACUCUCUGAAGUGGUCUAUAUUGAUGUCUUAGACAAGAAAUGCAAUGGAGAAUGGGACGGUUAUGGAAUCAAAAAGGUAAAUGGUGUUAACCGAUUUACUGGCGAUGGCGUGCCAUAUGAAAAUGACUUCGGAUUUACUCAAACAGGUGGCAAAUGGCCAUUUAGGCUUACCAAUGAAUGCCAAAAUAUCCUUGGUGAAGUUGGUGAAGAUGAAAUAUAUGAGGCAUUUUAUGAUGGUACACCGUUAAAGAAAUUUAUUUGUCUAAAGAAAACUAAGUACUGUAAUAAGAAACAUGACGAAUUGUAG